GCAACCAUUGGGCAGGGGUGGGAUGAGGUUUCCUGCCUUGAACAGAGGGUUGGACGAGAUAGAAGGCCUCUGAGGGCCCUUCCGAGCCUAGGAUAUUUUGUUCUAUCGCUCCCGCUGGAGGCGUCUUUCUUCCGGAAGGACUCUUUCGAGGAGGCUCUUCACCAACCUUUGAAACGCGCGCGCUGCUUGCUCAGUGGCCCCGGCGCUAGCCAAUGAGCAGAACCGCGGGCCACGGAGUCCAAUCAGCGGCCGCGGAGGGCGGGCCGGUGUGAGAAGCGCGGGCCAUAUAAAGGCGGCGCGCCGGACGCGGCGGUUCCUCGCUUCCUUGGGUGCUGGUGAUGUCGGGUCGCGGCAAGGCGGGAGCCGGCAAGGCGCGGGCCAAGGCGAAAUCGCGAUCGUCGCGCGCCGGACUGCAAUUCCCGGUGGGCCGCGUGCACCGGCUGCUGCGCCGGGGACACUAUGCGGAGCGGGUCGGAGCCGGCGCUCCCGUUUACCUGGCGGCGGUGCUGGAGUACCUGACGGCCGAGAUCUUGGAGCUGGCGGGCAACGCGGCGCGCGACAACCGCAAGACGCGCAUCGUCCCGCGGCACGUCCAGCUGGCGGUGCGCAACGACGAGGAGCUCAGCCGCCUCUUGGGCCGCGUCACCAUCGCGCAGGGCGGCGUCCUGCCCAACAUCCCCGCCGCGCUCCUGCCCCGGAAGGCCGCUGCUCAGGGCGGCGGCACGGCGGGACGGAAGAAGGGGACCCAGCAGGCCUCGCAGGAGUACUAGGCGCGCAGGAGGAGGUGGCGGCGGCGCAACCGGAGACCGAGCCGAGGCUGCGGAGAUGGACGAGCCGGAGGAGCGGCCCCCCUGCGGCCGCCACGUGCUUGGACUUGGGCUGGGCGGCGGGAAGGGGCUGCUGGCGCCCAAUAAAAGGACGUUUCUUCUUAAGACAGAAGAAAUAUGAUUAAAUAGAAGGAA